GUGUCAGAAUGGGGGAGCUGGAAACUGAGAAGCAUGUGCAAUACAUUUUAGCUAUUGAAAAGAAGAAAGAUGAUUUUGAAUCUUUGGUCAUGGACCAUCUAAGAAUGAGUGGUGCAUAUUGGGGCUUGACAACUUUGGAUCUUCUCGAAAAGCUUGAAAAUGUUGAUAAGGAAGCAGUUGUUUCAUGGGUGAUGAAAUGUCAAGAUGACUGUGGAGGCUUUGCUGGUAAUGUUGGACAUGAUCCACAUAUUCUGUAUACUAUUAGCGCUGUUCAGAUUUUAGCUCUUUUUGACAAGCUAGAUGUUCUUGACAUUGAUAAAGUGUCGAAUUAUAUCGCCGGGCUGCAGAAUGAAGAUGGGUCCUUUUCAGGUGACAUGUGGGGUGAAAUCGAUACUCGGUUUUCUUACAUUGCGAUUUGUUGUCUCUCAUUAUUGCACUGUUUGGAUAAAAUUAAUGUGGAAAAGGCUGUGAACUAUAUUGUGAGCUGCAAAAAUUUGGAUGGUGGUUUUGGAUGCACGCCUGGAGCAGAGUCUCAUGCUGGGCAAAUCUUUUGUUGUGUGGGUGCGCUAGCAAUAACAGGUUCUCUACACCAUAUUGACAAGGACCUUCUUGGGUGGUGGUUAUGUGAGCGGCAAGUUAAAUCUGGAGGUCUGAAUGGGCGCCCUGAAAAGCUUCCGGAUGUCUGCUACUCAUGGUGGGUCCUCUCUAGCCUGAUCAUGAUUGACAGAGUGCAUUGGAUCUCUAAGGAUAAACUUGCGAGGUUCAUCUUAGAUUGUCAGGACAAGGAGAAUGGAGGAAUUUCGGAUAGGCCAGAUGAUGCCGUUGAUGUUUUUCAUACCUAUUUUGGGGUUGCAGGACUUUCACUUUUGGAAUACCCAGGAAUAAAAGCAAUUGAUCCAGCUUAUGCUUUGCCUGUUGAUGUCGUGAAUAGAAUUUUCUUUGGCAGAAAAGGUCUGCCUUAGCUACCCUGGAGUUAAUUUCGUUCUCUCCACAUUUGAAACAUUUGAUAUGUUAAUCUAGACUGCAUAUAUAUUUUGCUAAAUUUCCACUUAGCAAAUUGCUAAUGUUGCACUUAUUUCUUCCAAUAGAAAAGAUGAGCGCACUUGCCACUUUGGGCAGGUUUGAUGGAGAA